GUUACGAGAAGAGGCAAUGGAGAAGCUUAUAGCGGAGGAGACUACAAGGAGGCUUGAAGAGGCGAUUCGGGAGCGUGUGGAGCGGGAACUUACCUCUGAGGAAAUUAAGAGGGAGAUGGCGGCUUUAAUUGAGGAAGGCCGGCGGAAGCUUCCUGGGGAGGUGGCGAGGGCUUUAGAGGAGGAGAAGGAGGCUGCUGAGGAGGAGAAGAGGCGGAAAGAGGAGGAGAAGCGGAAGGAGGAAGAGCGGCAGCAGCAGUUGUUACAGCAGAAGCAGAGAGAAGCAGAGGAGGCAGAGCGGCAGCGAUUGGAGGAGCAGGCGAGGGAGCAGGAGAGGCGGUAUCGGGAGUUGGAGGAGAAGCAGAGGCAGAGGGAUGAGGCUAAGAGGAAGAAGAAGGAAGAGGAGGAGAAGACAAAGAAGGAGCAGAUGAAGAUCUUGGGGAAGAAGAAUGCCCGGCCGAAGCUAGCGUUUAGCCUCGGCGGUGGGAAAUGA